UGUCUCCUUCUGCCUGAUGACUAACCCUGGUGCUUCUCUGUGUGGGCCCCCCCACCCCCAACAUGGUGUAGCAUGCCACUCCUCUCGGGAUGUGGCUUGCUUGGUCCCAGGGAGCUGUCUGCAUUUUUGGAAGGCACAGAAACUCUCCAAGCUUCGGGCAGAUGGAGGCCCUGCAAAAGGAUCUCCUGGUGGCAGAAAGUUGUUGUCUCCUGGUCGUUUCACGGAUUCCAACUCUGGAGCCUGCAUUCAGGCCAGGAGCCUCUCCCUGCACCUGCCGUAGGCUCCUCUCUAGCCGCCUUCUCUCCUUGCUUGUGUCCUGGAAGCUUCAUCAAAGUGAGUGGCAGCUGUGCGCCUGGAGAAGGAGAUACAGUGAUACAGAUGAGAUACUGCAGUUUUCAAAUUUCAUGCGCUGCACACAGAAUCAUCUUGGGAGCCUCUUUCAAAUGCAGAUUCCUAGGACCCAAGUGGCCAGUCAAGAGAAUCUUCUUCCACUGAAAGCUCCUGGAGGGCAGGGAUUUUGCUCAUUUCAUGCGUUUCUCUGGUACAAUGCAUCCAUCACCUGGAAGGGAAUUGAGAUUAGAAGAAGGCUCUCUCACCAGCAGCCACCUCUUGAUGCCCUGGAGCUCAAGCAGCCCUUCACCCAGAUCCCCGCGGUGUUUCUUGUAAAGCAGAGUUCACCUGGGGAGAGUGUUGGGCUGCAGUACAAUGGCUUUGAAUUUCGUAAUCAGUCAGAAGAGGAACUGAGGGGAGAUUUUGAGUGACAUCCUUGGCAGAAGUCUCCCAGGAACAAAACAAACAGAAAAUGUCAGAGUUCUUGAUGGACUGCUCUGUGAUGAGCCAAACACAGACCUCACAGGUUCUAGGAAGUCCCAUCACAAGCGCCCUAUGUAGCCUGCAAGGGCUUGUUCAGACACUCAUGAGUGCUGGAUCUUUGAUGUCCUGUCUUUUUGAGUGGAUUCUUGAGCAUCAACUUCUCCAGAAACUUAAAAUCUGAGGGGAAGAAACUCAUCAACAUGAAAACAAGUCACUUUUUGGAUAAAUCGCCUAAGAGUUUUUGCCAACACAGAAGACGGGAUGCCUGGUGAAAUAAAAGUGGCUGAUGAUAAUGGGCAGCCAGUCAAAGUACCAAGUCUCUGGACAGGAUUCCAUGGGCGGCUUGGAGCCCCGGGAACUGUGUUGUGAGAAGCAUGGAGAUAGUGCUGCCUGGGCAAUGAAGGGAGAGGAGAGUGCGAGCGAGGGAGAGAAGGAAGCCCAGAGCGUUCCAAAGAAAGCAGGACAAGAAGUUCUCAAAGUCAAAUGUUGGAACAGUUUCUAACAUUAUUGAUCAAGAAGACAGAGGCUUAGCGAGGAUAGCAGCGGGAUCCGCAGAUAAAUUCCACGGUGCCCAUUUCUGUUCCCCCCAGCAUCUGUGAUUCCGUCUGAUACCCUCUUUUGAAGCCAGAUCUGCUGAAGAAGCUAAGGAAACGCUGGUAGUACUGAAGACGACCGUACAAGCAGGGCCCAUAGCCUGGGACUCGUGGGUCUUCAGACUCCCCUGCAGCCGUCCUCACCCAUCUGGUCCCCCUGACGCACCAACACCUCUCCUUCCAGGCUUUCUCUGGGCAGGGCCUCCUCAGAAAUCGACCCUUCUGCAUUACACACUCUGCUUAGCUGCUACUGCUGCUGGUGUGUCGUUGAUGUUGUUAUUCUUUGCUUCAUGUUGUCUACUGAA